AUGAUUCAGAAGAACAAGAUAUCGAUAGAAGCUCUUUCCCAACUCCUCGUAGAUGGUUCAACAGAGAUCGAGAAGCAGGACAUGAUCUCAUUUUCAAAGAUUACUUUACAGAUGAGUCAGUGUAUAAUGCUGAUAUUUUUCGACGAGAUUUCGAAUGAGAAGACACGUGGGGUGGAUGCAACUGGGGGAAGAGACUUGUCACCACUGCAAAAAUACACUGCUGCGAUACGGAUGCUAGCAUAUGGCGUAGUAGUUGAUGCUGCUGAUGAUUAUGUGCACAUAGGCGAGAGCACCACUAUUGAAUGCUUGGAAAAAUUUGUUGAAGGUAUCAUUUCGGUGUUCGAAGAUGAAUACUUGCGAAAAUCAAAUUCAAAUGAUGUAUGA